GAGCGCGUGUGUGGUGAUCGCGGAGUGAGAAUACUCGUGGGGAAAUUGGUAGGCUAUAAGAACGCUGUGAACCGAAGCGCGAUCUGCACGUAUCUGCCUUUCGUGUGCUGCCACACUCGCCUGAGUCGCCUUCAGCUCGUACACCGCCAGCAGCUUCUGACAUCGCGUCCUUAACUCUACUAUGACGGCCAACGAAAAAGAGAACGCAUUCUCAUCGAGCGCCAAAGCGCAGCAAUAUCCAGACGGGCUGUCCUCUGCCACAGAAGAGUUCGUGCCACGUCCCAAGCGUCCCGAACCUGUUCUCUUCCGUGUCGGCGCCUUCUUUAUCCUUUGCGAUGGCUACGACACAGAAGACGAGAGCCAGACCCCAGUGGCUUCGACCGCAGCCAAGGCUCCUACUGUGCAAGUCAGUUCCGAUGUGGCAUCUCAGGCCAAUGGCGUACACAGACCUUCUUCCCUUGCCGUCUACGACGAUGCCUCUGAUGCCAAAUCGGACGCCCCAAAUUGUGAGGCAGACACGUCUCUGACUACCGAGAUGAGCGUCACGGAGAUCAUGCGCGAACUCGAGCUGUUGGGUGAAGAGAACAAGACGACGACUGGCGGCAGUGAUGUAUCUACAUCGGAGGCCAGCGAAGUCGAUGCCACCAAGCUGUCCUUCUCUCCGGUCGAGGAUCAGGUAUCCUCUUCGAGCGAGGAACAGUCUGUCUGA